UGCUAAUGCACAGGAUUUGUCAGAAAUGGGCAGAAGGUGUCCUCCCUCAGUUUCUGUUCACUGUCCUGUUUGAGUUUUGACAGCUGAAUUUAUUAAAAAGAAAAUUGACUCUGAAGGAGCUUUUGUUUGACCUGUUCCUUCAUCCAGAAGACAGCCCUGAUGCAGUGUUCCAGUACCUCCUGGAAAAUGCCUGGCGUACACUGAUCAUCUUUGAUGGGCUGGAUGAGUUUGCAGCUGACAUGCAAGUGGCAUCCUCUUCUAAGGGAGGCCCGGCUCUUACCUCCCGUAUGUCCAUAUCUGAGCUCUUUGCAGACCUCUGUCAUGGGAAGCUCCUGCCUGGUUGCACAGUGUUGGUCACCAGCCGACCUAAGAGACUGCCUGACUUCUUAUUAAACACAGUAGAUCUGCUAGCAGAAAUUUGGGGAUUUGACCAUGAGAAGGUUGAGGAAUAUGUCAGCCACUAUUUUCAUCAGCAUUCGUUCAAAGAACAAGCCAUUGCUCACCUGAAGAACAACAUCAAGCUCCUCAGCAUGUGUUUCAUCCCUGCUCUGUGUUAUGUUGUGUGCAUCUGUUUGGAGUACUUGCUCCUUAAACAUCAGACGAGUGUGGAGCUUCCUCAGACUAUCACACAGUUUUAUAUCAAAAUGCUUCUCAUCUUCAUAAACAAACAACAGGGAGAGCAUGCAGAUGGUGAGGAGACUCAGCUGAACUGUAACAAGAAGGCCAUUUUGGGUCUGUGUGAUCUUGCACUGAAAGGCCUGGAAGAUAAGAAGCUUGUAUUUUAUGUUGGUGAUAUUCCAGAGCAUGUGAAGGAAUUUGCUUCCUUACAUGGACUGCUGACUAUCUUUGAGGUGAAGACGAGUGGCACUUGCCCUGAGGCUGGCUAUGCCUUUGUGCACUUGAGCUUGCAGGAAUUUUUUGCAGCAUUGUGUCUCAUGGUAAGUAAGAGGGUGGACAAGAACCUCCUGAAGAAGAAGUUCUCUUUGAAGUCAAA